CCUGUGACACCUGGCCACACGACCUGUGGCCGCAGCCUGGCGUCUGCAGCGACAGGAGCCCUUACCUCCCCUGUUGUAACACCUGACCGCCACCUAACUGCCCCUGCAGAAGGAGCAAUGGCCUUGGCUCCUGAGAGGGCGGCCCCACGCGUGCUGUUCGGAGAGUGGCUCCUUGGAGAGAUCAGCAGCGGCUGCUAUGAGGGGCUGCAGUGGCUGGACGAGGCCCGCACCUGCUUCCGCGUGCCCUGGAAGCACUUCGCUCGCAAGGACCUGAGCGAGGCCGACGCUCGCAUCUUCAAGGCCUGGGCCGUGGCCCGCGGCAGGUGGCCGCCUGGCAGCAGGGGAGGUGACCCGCCGCCCCCAGAGGCUGAGGCUGCGGAGCGCGCGGGCUGGAAAACCAACUUCCGCUGCGCACUGCGCAGCACGCGUCGCUUCGUGAUGCUGCGAGAUAACUCGGGCGACCCGGCCGACCCGCACAAGGUGUACGCGCUGAGCCGGGAGCCGUGCUGGCGAGAAGGCCCAGGCACGGACCAGACUGAGGCAGAGGCCCCCGCGGCCGUCCCGCCACCACAGGGUGGGCCCCCAGGGCCGUUCCUGGCACACAGAGAUGCGGGACUCCAAGCCCCAGACCCCCUCCCUGCCCCAGCUGGUGACAAGGGGGACCUCCUGCUCCAGGCAGUGCAACAGAGCUGCCUGGCGGGCCAUCUGCUGACAGCGUCAUGGGGGGCAGAUCCAGUCCCAGCCGAGGCUCCUGGAGAGGGACAAGAAGGGCUUCCCCUGACUGGGACCUGUGCUGGAGGCCCAGGGCUCCCUGCUGGGGAGCUGUACGGGUGGGCAGUAGAGGCGACCCCCAGCCCCGGGCCCCAGCCCGCGGCACUAAUGACAGGCGAGGCCACGGCCCCAGAGCCCCCGCACCAGGCAGAGCCGUACCUGGCACCCUCCCCAAGUGCCUGCACUGCGGUGCAAGAGCCCAGCCCAGGGGCGCUGGACGUGACCAUCAUGUAUAAGGGCCGCACGGUGCUGCAGAAAGUGGUGGGACACCCGAGCUGCACGUUCCUAUACGGCCCCCCAGACCCAGCUGUCCGGGCCACAGACCCCGAGCAGGUAGCAUUCCCCAGUCCCGCUGAGCUCCCCGACCAGAAGCAGCUGCGCUACACGGAGGAACUGCUGCGGCACGUGGCCCCUGGGUUGCACCUGCAGCUUCGGGGGCCACAGCUGUGGGCACGGCGCAUGGGCAAGUGCAAGGUGUACUGGGAGGUGGGCGGCCCCCCAGGCUCCGCCAGCCCCUCCACCCCAGCCUGCCUGCUGCCUCGGAACUGUGACACCCCCAUCUUCGACUUCAGAGUCUUCUUCCGAGAGCUGGUGGAAUUCCGGGCACGGCAGCGCCGCGGCUCCCCACGGUAUACCAUCUACCUGGGCUUCGGGCAGGACCUGUCGGCUGGGAGGCCCAAGGAGAAGAGCCUGGUCCUGGUGAAGCUGGAGCCCUGGCUAUGCCGAGUGCACCUGGAGGGCACGCAGCGUGAGGGUGUGUCUUCCCUGGAUAGCAGCAGCCUCAGCCUCUGCCUGUCCAGCGUCAACAGCCUCUAUGACGACAUCGAGUGCUUCCUCAUGGAGCUGGAGCAGCCCGCCUAGAGCUGGCCGCGGCCGGCCAGUCUAAUAAAGAGAACUCCACAACA